AGAGUAAGUAGUUUUUUUUCAAUCAUUUAAAAGAUUAUUUCGUGCUAAAAGUCAGAAUGAUGGAAGAAAAGAAACCAAAGAAACAGUAUGUGAAAUGGGCAGCUGUCUUGUGGUACAUUCAUAUACACGUUUUAGGAGUAUACGCUCUCUGGUUGAUGUUCACUUCUGCCAAAUGGAUGACUAUAUUCUAUACAAUUUUUAUAACAGCUAUUGGUUGUCUUGGAGUGACAGCAGGUGCUCAUAGAUUGUGGGCCCAUAAAACGUACGAAGCCGUAGGGUUUAUUAAAUUAUUCCUUAUACUUGCUCAUACACUUGCAGGAGUAGGUUCGAUAUAUGACUGGGUAUUUUAUCACAGAAUUCAUCAUAAAUAUUAUGGGACUGAUAAAGAUCCAUACAAUCAUAAAACGUUUUCUUUUUUGAAGAAAUCAUUUUGGCCAAAAUAUCAUUAUACUAUACCAUGGGACUGGAAAUGUGGUGAAUUCGGUAGUUAUAAUGAUGAUUGCACUACAUUCUUUAUCAAUAUGUGGCACGAACUCAAUUUGGUCAAUUCGCUAUUAACAACUGAUACCGAAGAUAUCAGAAAUAUGUUGCAUGAAAUGAGUACAAAGAAAAUUAAUCUGAAAGAUAGUCUUGAAAUAUUGAAUAAAAAAUCUAUAUUUGAUGCGAAAAAAACAAAUUUGAUUGUUAAGCAUUGAAUUAAAAAUACGAAGUUGAUUAAAUUAAUUAAAAAAUUUAAGU